ACAGUCCAUGAAGUUCCAUGACUGACCACAGGUUGAGAGACUCUACCUUGCCUUUGCUUCGUCCCUUCCUGAGAUAGGAGAAUCGGUUGACAAGCAAUUGCCUCGCUCCGGCUCCUCCGGUUCCUCCAGCCGCCCUCCAGCUCGCUCCAGCUCCUCCACUACCCCACGAUAACGCUUCCCCAACAAAAACACCUCUUCCGGUUGAAUCCGCCGACCUACACAAACCCAGCAACCUUCACACACACACAAUCGCCCACGAGAUAGGUACACUACAGAAGCAAAAUGGCCACCCGAGAUCCAGGCGAGGUCGCUGCCGAUGCCCUCAACGACUUCUUCAGCCAAAUCUACGCCUUCUGUGAAACCAUCUUUACCCGCUUCUUUGGUAACCUCUAUGCCUCCUUCGCCGAUGUGAGCAUCAACCGUUGGACAAAGGUCAUUUGCUCCGUGAUCGGAUACCUUCUCCUCCGGCCGUACAUCGAGAAAUUCUUCAAGAAGAUGCACGACCGGGAACGCAAAAAGAUCAAGGAGAAGGAAGAGGCCAAGAAAAACGAGAAGAAGAAGGCCAAGAUAUCGGCCAAUGCACUCCGCGGUGGCGGUGGUCGGGUUCUGGGAGAGGUGGAGAACACAGACGAUGAGAUCGAAGAUGGAGAGGACUUUGCGACGGCGAGUGGGGUGCCUGAGUGGGGGAAGAAUGCCAGGAAGAGGCAGAAGAAGUACAUGAAGAGUCUGGAGAAGGAGGCCGAGAACCGCACGCACAAUCUGUCGGAGGAACAGCUCAUGGAGUUGUUGGAUUGGAGUGACUCCGAGAAUGAGAAGGCUGCGGGUAAGAAGGAGUAGGUUAAGUCUGCCCUCUUUGCCUCGUGAUGUGGGCUGGUAAUAUACUGGGGCUUUGGGCUGGUUCUUCUGAGAAUGUAUUAUCACCAUAUGGGGUUCUUUAAUGUAGUUAGAUGUAUGACAAGCAUUAAGGCAGUGUCUUUAGCGCUGCUUCUACCUGACAACACAGGCUCAGGUUUCUGAGUAACUGUACGGUUGGCAGUGUUUAAUAAUAUGAAUAAUAGAUAUUAAGGCAUAAACAGUAUAGCUUUAUCUCCUUUCUUUCUGUACUGAAUAGAAUGUCG